AUGGCUUCUGAUGAUCCCGUCAAGGAGCAAUCGCCCCGACAGCUUGACUUGGCCCGCCUCCAGGACGGGCCUUAUGUCCUACGAACCCUUCUGGAAGAUGUACCCCUCUCGGCGGAUGGUCCCGUGACAGACGUGAAGAUCAACUGUGUCGAAUAUUUUGACCACAACUUAUACGUAGGAACGAGCGCAUCUGAGCUACUUCACUUCGUCCAAAUCCCGCCCGACCCCUCCGAUCCCUCUGGCCGACCAACCUUUAUCCUGGCGUCCCGACUCCAGCCUCCCUUUGCUGAGACCAACAAUACGAAGCCAGGUGUGCAGCAGAUCUUGCUGCUGCCCCGAGUGUCCAAAGCAUGCAUCCUGUGCAACUGGACCGUCACUUUCUACUCCUUGCCUGAACUCAGCCCUGUCUUUGGCACUACACAGGUCAAGAACUGCAACUGGGUCGGCGGUGUUGACCUGAACGACCCGCAAGAUGACCCCGACGCCGACGAUCCGGUCACAAUAUUACUGUCCCUCAACCGUAGAAUCCAGGUGGUACGGAUAGGUGAUGAUCCCAGGGCUAUCAAGAACAUAGAUGUCGGCGGUAGCACUAUUUCCGUCCGUCGUGACACAAUCGCCUGCGUGGCAGAUUCCAGGAGCUACUCCUUACUGGACGUCACCCGGCAGCUCAAGAUCCCGCUUAUGACCAUAUCGUCUCUCGAUGACUCCCAACCCGGCGGAGAGAUCGGUCAGGCUCAGAACAUUGCCGGCAGCGUUGAAGGGGGUAUCUUGCGAAGCGUUUCUGCCGUGCAGAACAGGCCGCUGCAGGCAGCCCAAGCCCAGGGCCAUAGCAGAAGCACGAGUCUAGGGGGGAGCUUGCCUCUUCGGCCCUCGGAUUCAUCACCUCCCACACCCUCUGCUAGCCCACGACCGCCGCAUGGCCCCCAUUUGCCGCCGCCUUCAGAAAACGACAAGCCCUUGCCUGAAGCGCCAACUCAAGAGGCGCAGGAGGCACCGCCAGCUUCAGAGCCCGCUGCGCCUCCGAAGGCCAAGCCCGUUUUCCUCAAGCCGCACAUUGUGUCACCGACGCCUGACGAGUUCUUGCUUGUUACAGGCACAGGGCUCUCAGAGCCGGGUAUCGGCCUAUUUGUCAAUCUAGACGGUGACCCUACGAGGCCCACUGUUGAGUUUGAGCGUUACCCCCGCGAGGUUGUUGUGGAUGGGGGCUCAUCCGAUCUGGCGUCAUCACAGACAUCGCCCAGUGAUGCAGAGGAGGGCUAUCUACUCGCUUCGAUGGCAAGGGAGGUUGACAAAGAAAUGCGCCACGGUAUCGAGAUUCAGAGAUGGGACGGCGAUGGGAGUGAGCCCGACAAUUCAAAAUUCUGGCUUGAAGCUGAAUCAAUACCCGGCAUCGAACAAGCGAGUGUAACACUGGGAAUCCGAUCUAUGAUUGGCGAAGAAGAGACGCACUUUUCCGAGAUCGUGGACAGGAUAUGCCAGCGAAAGUUCUCGCCUUUCUCCCUGGGCAGUUUGGAGCCUUCGACAUUGUCCCUUAAGAGUGCAGACUCGCGUACUGCCUCGUCUCUAGAGCGUGUAUCAAGGGAACGCGAAUUGUUCGACAGAGACAAUGAUACGCAGAGGAAGGAGUCACUGCCUGAUGGAUGGCAGAGCAGUCGGAAUGCCGAAGAAGAGGCAUUUGUAGCGCGCUUCGCGAAGACGCAAUCCCGAGUGGCCGUGUGGGCUGGAAACCACAUCUGGUGGGCGGUCCGUAACCCGAUUCUUCUCCAGUUGGAGGCUCGCAUCGACGCUGCUUGUACACACGACGGGGAGACUGGCCGCAUAGCCUUGGAUCGCCGUGCAGUGUUCACAGCGUUGAAUUCCAUAAGAGGAAGAGAGCCCAAGACGGAAUUAGAGUUUGUGACGUUCAGCUACAUCCGCCAACGAGCGGCUGUGUUGCUGUUUGGUGAUCUGCUACAGCCGAGCGAUGAUUCCUUCUCAGACGGAGAAGUCAAGGCGCUCGAGGAGGUACUCCUGGACAGUGCUCUCGACGCACGCGUUAUUUUAUCACUGGUACCAGGACUUCAAAAUGAAAUCAUCGAGAGUAAGAGGGGGACAUGGGUCUUUAGCGGCGUCAAGAAGGCUGCUGAGCAGUAUCUGCGAAGCCACUCAUUUGAUCGAAGUCAGCACACCCUUGGGAGCCUGGAUGCCCGUGUCAUUCAAUUCUUGCGCCGGUUCCUAGGAUCAUGGAGAAAGAAGAAGGAUUUUGGCAGUAUUCCCGACAAGGAAGAAGUUCUGCGCUCCGUAGAUGCGGCGCUUCUGAUCGUGCUGCUCGAACUGGAUCGAGAUGCACCCAAGGGCAUCGCCCGCAGCAGCACAACGAUCAGAGCCGAACUGAACGAAGUUGUGGACAAGGGCGUCGACUGCUUCGAUCGGGCUGUGUCGUUACUCGAAUCCUACCACCGACUUUUCGUCCUGAGCCGACUCUACCAAAGUCGUAAGAUGGCUGGCGACGUGUUGGCUGUCUGGCGGCGCAUCAUAGAGGGUGAACGUGAUGAUGGCGGCGAGCUGCGCGACGGCGAGCAGCGAGUUCGCGAAUAUCUUAUGAAGAUCAACAGCCAGGCGCUCGUGCAAGAGUAUGGCCUCUGGCUGGCCAACCGCAACCCUAAACUGGGUGUCCAGGUCUUCGCAGAGGACAAGGGAAGAGCGCCAAGGUUCGAGCCUACAACCGUUGUGGCUUUGCUUCGCGCCGAAGCUCCUACCGCGGUCAAGUAUUACCUGGAGCAUCUCGUCUUCGGAAAAGGCCACACUGGCUACGUCAACGACCUGAUCACAUACUAUCUCGACAUUGUCACUGGCGAAUUGCAUUCCUCGCAGACAAGCAGAGAAGCGUUUGCGGCCACGAUGAUGAGGUAUGGCAGAGCCGUCUGCGGUUGCUGCAACUCCUGGGCGGCACAGAAGACUACGAUGCCGCCACGGUCCGUGCCAGCAUCGAGUCUCUGCCCGGCGAGCUGCUUGUUCCCGAGAUCAUCAUUCUCGAUGGCCGAGAACGACGCCCACGAAGACGCGAUCCGGCUGCUCGUCCACAAACUGGGUGACUUCGACACGGCCGUGUCGUACUGCCUGCGUGGUGGAUCGAGCAUCUACACGCCGCUGUCACGCGGCAGGAAGGACAGCAUGCCGACGCACGAGAUGCAGGCGCGCCUGUUCCGCGCCGUGCUGGGCGAGUUCCUCACGAUUGCGGAUGUGAGCGAACGCGUCGAACAGACGGGCGCGCUGCUCGAGAGAUUCGGUGGCUGGUUCGAGAUUGAUGACAUUCUGGGCCUCAUUCCGGACGGGUGGUCCGUCGACAUUGUGGCCGGGUUCCUCGUCAGGCGGCUGCGGCGGCUCAUGCAGGAGAAACACGAGAGCUCCGUCAUGAAGGCCUUGAGCUCGGCCGAGAACUUGCGGGUCAACCAUGAGCUGAUUGUCCGGAUCGACGAGAUGGGCCCGACCAAUGAAGCAGCACAGUGA